AUGGGUAGCCCCACUCUGGUAGCCCUGCUCCUGCUUCCCCUCCUGCUGCCCAUCGGCCUCUUCACUUUUCCAGGCUGUCCCUGCGUGCCCCACCAGAGUGCACUCUUUCUGCUGGCCUCCCUCAUGAGGAAACCUCCGGGUAACUGUUGCCUGUCUGAGAAGGAUCACACCUCCAACCCCUCCCCAGACAUCGUCUACAAAGGACUCCGCUCUAAAAGAACCCAACCUUUCAGUGCAGAGGCCAAGGAAGGUCUCCCCAGGCUGGGCUUACAGAGACAUGAAAGGCCCAAAUUCUCCUUUGAACUGCUGCCUGAAGCACGGGCUGUUCGAGUGACCAUUCCUCCAGGCCCUGAGGUCAGAGUGCGUCUUUGUCAUCAGUGGGCACUGGAAUGUGAAGACCUGAGCAGUCCCUUUGAUACUCAGGAAAUCGUGCAUGGGGGACGCACAGCAGAGCUGCCCUAUGAAUUCCUUCUACCCUGUCUGUGCAUUGAGGCAUCCUACCUGCAGGAGGACACUGUGAGGCACAAGAAAUGCCCCUUCUGGAGCUGGCCUGAAGCCUAUAGCUCAGACUUCUGGAAGUCAGUUAAUUUUACUGACCGGAGCCAGUAUGAUCAGAUGGCCAUGACCCUGGUGCUCCGUUGCCCCCUGAAGCUGGAGGCCUCACUCUGCCAGAGGCAGGACCAGCACGCCCUCUGUGAAGACCUCCCCAAUGCCACAGUUCAGGAGUCACAGGGGUGGUAUGCUUUAGAGAAGGUGGACUUGCACCCCCAGCUCUGCUUCAAGUUUUCUUUUACUAACAGCAGCCACGUCGAAUGCCCCCACAGGACUGGUGAGCCAACAACCUCAUCCUGGAAUGUGAGCAUGGACACCCAGGCCAAGCAGCUGGUCCUUCACUUCUCCUCACGGACACAUGCUUCCUUCAGUGCUGUCUGGAGCCCCCCAGGCAUGGGGCAGGCCAGUGCAGAGCUCCCUGUGUAUACCGUCAGCCAGACCCAGGGCUCAGGCCCAGUGGUGCUAGAUCUCAUCCUACCCUUCCCAAGGCCAGGUGCCUGUGUCCUGGUAUGGCGAUCCGAUGUCCAGUUUGCCCAGAAACACCUCUUGUGUCCAGAUGUCUCCCACAGACACCUAGGGCUCCUGAUCCUGGCGCUGCUGGCUCUUGCCACCCUUGUGGGCAUGGUUCUGGUCUUCGCCCACCGGCGUCCACUCUCAGGUCCCCGCCCAGCGAAGCCGGUGCUGCUACUGCACGCGGCGGAUUCGGAGGCCCAGCGGCGCCUGGUGGGGGCGCUGGCCGACCUACUGCGCACUGCGCUGGGCGGUGGGCGCGACGUCAUCGUGGACCUGUGCGAGGGCGCGCGCGCGGCGCGCCUGGGCCCACUCCCCUGGCUGUGGGCGGCGCGCGCGCGCGUGCUGCGGGAGCAGGGUGCGGUGCUACUGCUGUGGAGCGGGGCGGGCUCCCAGGCCUGUGGCUUCGACCCGCACGCCACCCCCUUUCGCUCCCUGAUCCGGGCUGUUCCUCGCCCCCGGCUGCUCCUUGCCUAUUUUAGUCGCCUCUGCGCCAAGACUGACAUCCCCGCACCACUGCGUGCCCUGCCACGUUACCGCCUGCUGCACGACCUUCCCAGCCUGCUCCGGGCGCUGGACGCGGGGACCUCGGCCAGGACCAAGCGCUGGGGCCGCCUGGGGACGCAGCCGAACCUGCGGGGUCGCCUGGCGCUGUGUCGCCGGCUAGAGCGUGAGGCUGCUGGGCCUGUGGACUGA